CACUCAGAAGCCUAAACGCGACUACUUGGCGCGUCGCAUCGCAUCCCUUUGGCUGUCGCCACGCUGGAUGAUCUGCGUGGGAACCUUGAGACAGAAGCUCAGCUCCCGUGCUAGCUUGGCGGAUGGUGCUUGCCCAGUGUGCCACUUUUGCUGUUCCUGCACCGAUUUGCCACUCAAAGUCAAUCUCGGAUUUUGCUGCCGCCAGGCAGCAACCUACGUCCGAACGGGACAAACACGGCGGAAGCUUCGCGAGCUCUAGAUUCGGGCUAAUCGUCCAAUUUUGUGUUGCCUUUUGUCGUCGUCAGUUUUUUCUUCUUCUUUGUACCUCGUUUCAAUUGCCUCUCUUUUUUCUUCUUCUCGCCCGCAGUAUUGCAAGGGCAAUUCUUGUUCUGCCACCUCAACCAGACUCACUGACUCUGGGCACGACGAUUCGGUUCUUCCAGACCGAAGGCAGCAGGUGGCCACCCCUCAGCCCCUGACAACCUGGCCUAUCGCCUGGUUCCUCCAGGCAGAUUUGAGGGCCAUUCCACAACCUCCAGAUUUCUCCCACCAGCCGACUUGUCUCUGGGAUUCGCAUUCUCCUCACGGCGCUCGCACUAGCGCGGGCGAUCCAUAAGAUCUCAGCCCCUGUCUGCUUCCCUGGCGAUCGUACAUAAUAAGGUGGCGGAUCCAGCCGACAACGCUGGCCGCCACACUCAUAUAUCGCCCAACCAAGGACGCCAACAUCUUCACAACAGCCUGCUGACGACGUGCAAGUCGUGUCACCUUGUCAGGCGGCAUCAGCGAAGCCUCCACCAACAAUCUACUAUAGUCCUACUCGACUUUGUCCACUCUGAUCGUAUCUCGACCCUUGAUCUCUCGUUACCGAGCCAAGUCCGGGAGUUGGAGCUGCUGCGGGUGGAUUGCAGCCGUGAUGGUCCGGACACGGCGUUCCGCUGGCUUGGCUCAGCGAGAUGAGUCCGAUACCAAGGCCAACCCAUCACCAGUCGCAGCUGGUGCCUCGUCCCUGGACAAGUCUAAGCGAGGAAGACCCUCCUCUUCGGCCAGCAGGAGGAUCUCCAGCGGAGAUUCGGUCAACUCGGCGCCCACUGCCAGCUCCUCUGCCAGUGGGUAUUCUACGCCUCUGACGAGCAACGUCACCACACCAGCCCCAGUUGCCAUGGGCUCCUCCCAUGUCAUGGGACAGAGGCUGGAGAUUAACAUUCCCAUCUCGUCGCUUCCCCUGGAUGCCGUGCCUGCAGAUAGUAAGAAGGCUCUCAGCAGAAGCAUUUAUGAUAUCCACGGGUCAAACAAGCGCAAGUGGGAUGAAGUUGACGAUAGCGGCGACGACUCGGACCUGAUGCUGGCUCAAGAGCUGCAAGAAGACGAACUUCGGCUGUCCCAGAUGUACCAGGCUGUUCCAACGACUGCGGCCCGUCCAGCCCCAAUCGGUUCUCGUCUGACCAAGCGUGCGUGGGCGGCUUCGUCCACAAAGGGUAAAGGACCUGCGCCGCGGCGAUCGGCUCGGAGGUCGACUGCACCCAAGAGGGGACCCACCCGAGCCUCCGCGGCUGUGGACUCUUUGGACGGGGAUGCAGAUGAGGAAGUCGCGAUCGAGGGCUCAGACGAGGAAUUGGACGUCGAGUUUUCUGUUCCUGAUUCCGAAGCAGAUUCGGAGUCCGACCUCUCGCCUCCUCCAGAUGAUUCGGGCGACGAGUCCAUGGACUCGACCUACUCAUCCUCCAGAAUCACGAAGCGACCUGCUCCUGCUUCCUCCAAGAAGCAAAAGCAAUCCAACUUCAAUCAGAGUCGCAAAGUCGCUCACAGGCCCGCCGCCUCCCAAAUUGCCGCCAACCGCCGCACAACGACCGUCGCCGAUAGCACAGGCGAGGAGUCGGGCUCAGAGGCCGACUUGAGCUCGAUUCGUUCAGAUCCGGAUAAUUCUGAUAAUUCGGGAUCGGAGGACGACCCUCCUGCUGUGAUGACUUCGCAAGCAAGGCGCACACCGCGUGCGCGCCGUCUCGGCCGAAUUCGAGGCGGCGCCAGCCGUGAAGAGAAAAAUAGGGAGAAACUCGAAAUCAAUCAUCCCUACAUGAAAACUCUGUGGGAGGACUUUGAGCGCAUCGCGGCAGUGCAGCCACCCAUGGCCGAGCAGCCCAAGACCAUCUCCCGGCGCCUCAAGCCAUUCCAACUACAAGGCCUUUCUUGGAUGAAAGCCAUGGAACAGACCGAUUGGAAGGGUGGCCUUCUCGGUGACGAGAUGGGCCUAGGCAAGACAAUCCAGGCCGUGUCCCUUGUCAUGUCUGAUUGGCCUGCGGAAUUGCCCUCGCUAGUGCUAGCUCCUCCCGUCGCCUUGAUGCAAUGGAUGAGCGAAAUCGAGUCCUAUACCGACGGAACACUCAAGACUCUAGUGUACCAUUCCUCCAACGCGCAGAUCAAGCAUCUGACCCUCAAAGAUCUCCAGAAGAUAGACGUCAUCAUCAUGUCGUACAACAGUCUCGAGUCUCUCUACAGGAAGCAGGAGAAGGGGUUCACUCGCAAGGAUGGCAUCUACAAGGAAAAGAGCCUGAUCCACCAGCUCAACUUCCACCGCGUCAUCCUCGACGAGGCCCACUACAUCAAGAGCCGGGUGACGAUGACCUCCAAGGCCUGCUUCGCACUCAAGACAACCUAUAGAUGGUGCCUGACGGGCACUCCUCUUCAGAACCGCAUCGGAGAGUUCUUCUCUCUUGUCCGCUUCCUCAAGAUUGAGCCUUUCGCCAACUACCUCUGCCGAAACUGCCCUUGCUCCCAGCUCGAGUGGACAAUGGACGAUAACCACAUGUGUACCGAGUGCAGCCACGGAGGUUUGAGCCAUGUGUCUGUCUUCAACCAGGAGCUUCUCAAUCCGAUCCAGAAAUAUGGCAACAGCUACCUUGGCGCCGAAGCCUUCAAGAAGCUACGCCUCCUGACUUCCAAGAUCAUGCUUCGCCGCCAGAAGAAGGAUCAUAUGGACGCCAUGGAGCUUCCUACCAAGGAGGUCAUCAUCGACCGCCAGUUCUUUGGCGAGGUUGAGAAAGAUUUUGCCGACAGCAUCAUGCACAACAACCAACGUCGCUUCGACACAUAUGUCUCCCAGGGCGUCGUUUUGAACAACUACGCCAACAUCUUUGGCCUUCUGAGCCAGAUGCGCCAGGUGGCUGACCACCCGGACCUCAUUCUCAGGAAGGAGAAUGCAGAAGGCAGACACAUCAUGGUUUGCUGCAUCUGCGAUGACACGGCUGAAGACGCGAUUCGAUCGCAGUGCAAGCACGAGUUCUGCCGCGCUUGUGUUUCCAGCUACGUCAACUCGACCGACAAUCCGACGUGCCCGCGGUGCCACAUCCAGCUUUCGAUCGAUCUGGAGCAGCCCGAGGUUGAGCAGGACCAGGAGCUGGUCAAGAAGAACUCCAUCAUCAACCGGAUCAAAAUGGAGCAGUGGACGUCCUCGACCAAGAUGGAGAUGCUUGUCCACUCGCUGCAGAAGCUGCGCUCGGACAACUCCUCGCACAAGUCCAUCGUGUUCUCGCAGUUCACGGGUAUGCUGCAGCUGAUCGAGUGGCGGCUGCGCCGUGCUGGAAUCACAACAGUCAUGCUAGACGGAAGCAUGACACCCGCCCAGCGCGCCGCGUCCAUCAAGCAUUUCAUGACGAAUGUCGACGUCGAGUGUUUUCUUGUUUCCUUGAAGGCGGGAGGCGUUGCUCUCAAUCUGACCGAGGCGUCUCGUGUGUUUAUUGUCGAUCCCUGGUGGAACCCUGCCGCCGAGUGGCAAAGCGCGGACCGUGUUCACCGUAUCGGACAGACUCGACCGGUUGUCAUCACUCGCCUCUGCAUCGAGGACUCGAUCGAGAGUCGCGUUGUACUGCUUCAAGAGAAGAAGACCAAGAUGAUCAACUCGACUGUAAACUCGGAUGAUAUGGCGUUGAAUGCGUUGGAGGCUGAGGACCUUCAGUUCUUGUUCCGCGGAAGCUGAACGCGACGGAUCACCAAGGAGCGGAAGAGACUCAACAGCGUGAUAUGCCCCGUCUUUUGAGCGGGCACUCUAUUGCUAUUGAUCACAUGGUAUACUCAGCCCCCAUCCUUAUCAUUGCCUCCAACUGCUUUUCAAUCGUCUUCAUGAAUACGCGCUGGGAUCGUCGGAGGGUUUGGGAGAACACCCGGAGCGUAAGAGGACACGGAAUCUUAUUUUCCUUUGUUUUUACAGUACACGACCCAGAAGUAUUGCGUACUAUGAGCAAGGCGCAAUGGUGUCUGGCGUUGGCCUCGUCACAUGUGCCUCCACCAGACAAGAAAUGUAUGACUACCUAGAAAAGUAAAGAGAGGUCGUCGACGGACAUGAUAUUACCUUUUCCCCUCUCCAUCUCGGUCAAACACGAUUCGCUCCCGUAAAUCCCAUUCCGUGCCGCGAUCACAAACACAUGUGUUCUGAAUAGGUAGAAAGAUAUCCUACCAUUGG